AAUGUCACUUGCGAAGGUUCUUCUCCUCCUUCGGUAAAUUGCAGUGAGGUGUUAAAGACGCAUUUUCUCGGAUCUGAGAUCUUAGAUCCCAAACACCAUUGUUCGUCCUCUAACAUAUUGAUCCAAGAGAUUGAAUAGCUUGAGCUUGCUAGCUAGUAAUGGCGAGAAGGCAAGUAGGUUCAACACGGCGUGUAGGGGAUGGUGGAAGCUUCCCUUUUGCCGGAGCUUUGCACUCCAAGUCUAGAUCUUCUCCGUUACUAUCUAUUUGCCUUGUUCUUGUGGGGGCUUGCCUACUCAUAGGUUAUGCUUACAGUGGUCCAGGAAUCUUUAAAAGUAUCAAAGAAGUCAGCAAGGUUACAGGUGACUAUUCUUGCACAGCAGAAGUCCAAAGAGCCGUUUCUGUUCUGAAGAUGGCUUAUGGAGAUGGGAUGCGCAAGGUCUUGCACGUAGGCCCUGAGACGUGCUCUGUGGUUUCCACUCUCUUGAAAGAAGAUGAGACUGAAGCAUGGGGUGUCGAACCCUACGACAUCGAGGAUGCUGAUUCUCACUGCAAGAGUCUUGUCAGCAAAGGCCUUGUACGUGUCGCUGAUAUCAAGUUCCCUCUGCCUUACCGCCCAAAAUCCUUCUCUCUUGUUAUCGUCUCAGAUGCUCUGGAUUAUCUCUCUCCCAAGUACCUUAACAAGACCGUUCCUGAACUCGCAAGGGUUGCUUCAGAUGGUGUCCUUCUUUUUGCAGGUCUCCCUGGUCAGCAGAGAGCUAAAGUUGCCGAACUAUCUAAAUUCGGUCGUCCCGCUAAAAUGCGUAGCGCAUCGUGGUGGAAUCGGUUCUUCGUCCAGACAUCCUUGGAAGAAAACGAAGGACCAAGCAAGAAGUUUGAACAGGCUGUUUCCAAAGGAUUAUACAAACCAGCCUGCCAAGUCUUCCACCUCAAGCCAUUACAUUAACCAAGCCACCACCAAGCUCCCACACUACAGCACAUUCACACGUAGAGCCACUCCCGAAACAAGAACAACAAAAAAUAGCGUAAGCGAUAUUCUCCUUGUAUUUUGUAACAAGUCAGUUUUUUUUUUUGUCAUGUUGUAUCCAUCAACACAGUUUUUUUUUUAUUGAGUUUAAAUCAAUCAUUAUUACCAA